AUGGAAGGUGAUACUUCACCAUCGUGGCCUAUUAUUCUAUGUGUAUCAAACAUAAUUGAUGAUAAAUCAUUAUCAACACCAUCACUUGAAUUAACCGAUGGAAUAUAUAAAAUUUAUGCAUAUAUUGAUCCACCACUACAAAGGGCCAUAGAUAAGUCUAAAAUAAUAAUAGGUUGCAAACUUGAGAUAUGUGGUGCAAGGAUUUAUAGAAAAUCUGUUGAAAAAACAUCCAUAUUAGAUGCAAAUUCUAUUUAUUUAAGAAUAUCUGGAAAUUCUACUAAACUGACUGAUUUUAAUUCUAAACUUGGAUUUGGAAAACUUAAAUCAUUUACUUUAUUAAAUAGUCUUACACCAGAUGGUGGAUAUAUCGGUGGAAUUGAUGUUAUAGUAAUCCAAAAAUACCCAUUAUUAUAUCGUGAAACAACUAAGGAUGGACUGUAUAUCAUACGUAAUGAAGAAGAUGAAAAAUUAGUUCAGAGAAAAUUUACUGAACAGUUACAAAACAAAGUAUUACCAAUUCUUGAAAAGUGUAUUCCAGAAAACUUAAACGAAACAGAUAAAUGGAUUAAUGAGCAAUUAAAAUUAAUAGAUUUUAAAUCUGUACCAUUAAUAACUGUAUGGCGUCCUAAUAGUUCUUUAUAUGAUUCUAUUGUUGAAGGACAAAGAAAUCAAAUAUGUUCAUUAAUAGCAGUCAAUAAUCAAUCAUAUAAUCCAAAUUUAUUAACAGAAAUUCCUUUAAUUCAUUUAUCAUCAAUGGGUAAUACAACAGUAUGGAAAGAACAAAAAGCUGAUUUAAAUAAUAUUAGAAAUUCUUUAUAUAAUCCAUGUAUUAUUACAAAUUGGGAUGAAUUAGAUAAAACAGGAUAUAACAGCUAUCAAAAUGAGUAA